CACAGACUACGUGUCGUUUUGUCCUUGUCGUUUCGAAGUUUAAGUCGUCACCCGUCGCAGGAUCCGCCCGUUCUGUUAACCAAUGCAAUUGAUCUUUUGGUCCGCAUUUCCAAGAAAAGAAAAAUGGAAUGAAUCUAGAAUUACAAAUUAAACGCAUCACAACCGUCAAUCUUCACUACCUUUUGGAAGCUCCAUCAAUGGCGACAUAUCUGAACCUUAGCUACCUUUACCUUCUUCUCCUCGUCCUUCCUCUCUCUCUCCUCGCUCUCUUAGCUCUGAUCGUAAGGCCUCGCACAGUCAAAAUCCCAAUAAAAAACCGCCAUGUCUUCAUCACCGGAGGAUCGAGCGGUAUCGGACUGGCAUUGGCUCAUCGGGCUGUAUCAGAAGGUGCCAGAGUCUCAAUCCUGGCCCGAUCCCUCGACAAACUGGAGGAAGCAAAGAAUUAUAUCCGUCUUUCCACCGGCGUUGAUGUGGCGAUAUUCCCGGCGGAUGUUAGGGAUUUUGAAUCCCUAAAGAAAGCGGUUACUGAAGCGGGUCCAAUCGAUGUAUUAGUUGUGAAUCAAGGCGUGUUUUUUCCUGAGGAAUUAGAGAAACAGGAACUGAGUGAAGUCAACUUUAUGAUAGAUGUUAAUUUAAUUGGGAGUUUUAAUAUGAUCAAAGCUGCUUUGCCUGUGAUGAAAAAUAGGAAAGAUAGUGGGCCGGCUUCUAUUGCUCUUAUGUCAUCGCAGGCGGGUCAGGUUGGUAUAUAUGGUUACACUGCUUAUUCAGCUAGUAAGUUUGGUCUUCGGGGUUUAGCAGAAGCAUUACAACAGGAAGUGAUUGCAUAUAAUAUUCAUGUAUCUCUUAUAUUCCCUCCGGACACCGAGACUCCUGGUCUUGCUGAAGAGAAUAAAAGACGGCCGCAACUUACGAGUGUAAUUGCGGCAUCCUCUGGUGUAAUGAAAGCUGAUGAAGUUGCAAAAAAAGCUUUAGAUGGCAUAAAAUGUGGUGCCUUUUUCGUGCCCUGUAACUUUGAGGGAAUGCUAUUGACUGUUGCAACUGCUGGUUUAUCCCCUCAGAGAUCAUUCUCAAUGGCAUUUGUUGAGGUUGUUGCUGCUGGUUUAAUACGUCUUGUAGCUCUUUGUUUCCAGUGGAAUUGGUAUGGAAGUAUAGAAAAGUGGCACGCACAAAAGAAAUGAACGUACAAGUUGUUGGUGCUUGAUGGGCAAACAUAUUUUUUGAUGGAAACUCUCAAUUCCUGGUGAAGAUUCCCUAUUUUUGAACUCCUGAAGUUGAUGGGGAUUUUGGGCUACCCAAUUUUUCAGCCUCAGCUUUCCAGAAGGAAGUGGUCCGUCUUUGCUCCUUGUUUUUGUCACUGCUAACGAGCAGGCAUUCAGUUCAAGCUUGUUGCAGCCAACAGUUUGGAUAACAAGUUUGUUCAAUUAUCAUUUCAUGAUUAACAUCUAAAUUUGGCGGACUGGUUGUAUUCAUGUAUAAUGUUUUAUAUUAGAAAUUUUCUUGAAUAAAAUGUUUUAGCUGCAUAGAAGAUCUAUAAGUUGUAGCUUUUUCCUGUCAAUAACGUUUCUUGGAAAUGUUUGCUGUUGAGACCUGUACACAAUCUAUAAAGGGAAUGAAAGAGUUGUUCUAAUCA